UCCCAUCCCAUCUCCUGUUGUCUUGUUGGGACACCAGUUGCAGUGUUGAUGAUAAGAAGAUGUGUUUGAGCCGUGGAAGGGAAGGAUAUUUAGGGAAAUUUAAUAAAGUGUUUGGAGGCACGUGUUAAGGAGUUGAGAGGGAAUGGGUAUGCACGUGUGUAAUGCUCACAUUCCAAAAUAUCAUCUUCUUGAUCUUGUCUGGGAGUUGAGUAUAGAGGAAGAAGAGAAGGAAGAAGAAGAAGAAGAAGAAGAAUAGAAGUUAGUGUUACGUAAUGGAUUCUCUGCGUGUGUAUGCGUCUACCAUCCGCCCAUGCUUCUGUGUGUAUGCCCAUCCCUCCACUUCCACUUCUUCCUACAAAACCCAUCUCAGAUUCAUUCUUCCCUCGCUCCCUCCGCUGCGCCCUCUACAUCACCGGUUGCCUCCGCCACUCUCCGCUCUAUCCUCACCUCAAACCCAAACUAGGGACCAAGAACAAGAAGAAGGAAACGACAAUCCUUCUUCCGUCUCCAUGGACCGCAAAGUUCGUCUGCAAGUUCGAUUAGAUCACCAAGUUCAAUUUGGCGAUCACGUUGUCAUCCGAGGAUCCGCCAAGGAAUUAGGAUCAUGGAACAAGAAUGUUCCCUUGAACUGGACCGAAAAUGGAUGGGUGUGUCACUUGGAAUUUAAAGGGACCGAUCACAUUCAGUUUAAAUUCGUCAUUGUAAAAAAGGACUCGACUUUGGUCUGGGAAGCGGGGGAAAACAGAGACUUAAAGUUGCCCGUGGCAGGUAAUUUUGCCACCGUCGCUACAUGGGACGCAACCAAAAAAAAUUUGGAGCUGCACCCUUUGGAUGAACAACCACAACUACAGGAGGAGACAGGUAAUGCGUACGAUGCUGCUACUUCUUCUGUUUCUGAAGAGGCAGAGCCAAGUCCCUUUGUAGGUCAGUGGCAAGGUAAACCUAUUUCUUUCAUGCGAUCCAACGAGCAUCGAACCCAUGAAACACAGAGGAAAUGGGACACUUCGGGUCUUCAUGGCUUGCCUCUCAAAUUGGUUCAAGCCGACCAAAACGCCAGGAAUUGGUGGAGAAAGCUUGAUAUCGUACGUGAUAUUAUAGCUGAAGGUCUGCAAGGGGAGGAUCGAUUGGAGGCUCUCUUGUACUCAGCUAUCUAUCUCAAGUGGAUAAACACGGGGCAAAUAUCUUGUUUUGAAGAUGGAGGUCACCACCGCCCCAAUAGGCAUGCUGAGAUUUCAAGGCUUAUAUUUCGUGAACUAGAGCGACACACUACUCGGAAGGAUAUAUCUCCACAGGAAGUUCUAGUCAUCCGAAAGAUUCAUCCAUGUUUGCCAUCUUUCAAGGCUGAAUUCACUGCAUCUGUACCUCUUACUCGAAUUAGAGAUAUUGCUCAUCGAAAUGACAUCCCACAUGACCUCAAGUUACAAAUUAAGCAUACAAUACAAAACAAGCUUCACCGAAAUGCUGGGCCUGAAGAUUUGGUUGCUACAGAAGCUAUGCUUACUAAAAUCACAAAAAACCCUGGAGAAUACAGCGAAUCGUUUGUAAAGGAAUUCAAAAUAUUUCAUCUAGAACUCAAAGACUUCUUCAAUGCUGGCAGUCUUGCUGAACAGCUAGAAUCAAUUCAUGAAUCCAUGGAUGAAUACGGCAUUUCAGCACUUAAUUCAUUCUUGGAGUGCAAAAAGAAUAUGGAUACUGUAGCAGUAUCAACUGCUGCAACAGAAGAUGUAAUUAAACUUUUAUUUAAAACAAUGGAAUCUUUAAAUGUUCUGAGAGAAACUAUUGUAAAGGGUCUUGAAAGUGGCCUCAGGAAUGAUGCUCCAGAUUCUGCAAUAGCUAUGCGACAAAAGUGGCGCCUCUGUGAGAUUGGCCUUGAGGAUUACUCAUUUGUUCUUUUAAGCAGAUUUCUCAACGAGCUUGAAGUUAUGGGAGGUGCUAGUUGGCUGGCCGCAAAUGUGCAGUCAAAAAAUGUAAACUUGUGGAAUGAUCCACUUGGAGCCCUUAUCAUUGGAAUCCACCAGCUGAAGUUAUCUGGUUGGAAGCCAGAAGAGUGUGGUGCUAUUGAAAAUGAACUCAUUGCCUGGAGUAAAAGAGGCCUUCAUGAAAGAGAAGGAAAUGAAGAUGGCAAGACAAUUUGGACAUUGAGACUGAAAGCUACUCUUGAUAGAUCAAAGAGGCUAACUGAUGAAUAUACUGAAGAACUUCUUAAGAUAUUCCCACAGAAAGUCCAGAUACUAGGUAAAGCUCUUGGAAUACCUGAAAACAGUGUCAGCACAUAUACAGAAGCUGAGAUUCGAGCUGGUGUGAUUUUUCAGGUUUCAAAACUAUCUACGCUUCUUCUAAAAGCUGUUAGAAGUACCCUUGGUUCUCAAGGUUGGGAUGUUCUUGUUCCAGGAGAUGCUUUGGGAAAAUUGGUCCAGGUUGAAAGAAUUGUUCCUGGUUCACUACCAUCAUCAGUGGAAGGACCUAUUAUCUUAGUAGUUAACAAAGCUGAUGGUGACGAAGAGGUAACAGCUGCUGGGAGGAACAUAGUGGGAGUUAUACUUCAGCAAGAACUGCCUCACUUGUCUCAUCUUGGUGUUAGGGCACGCCAGGAAAAAGUCGUCUUUGUCACAUGUGAAGAUGAAGAAAAUGUUGCUGAUAUACAAAGGCUGAUUGGGUCAUAUGUGAGGUUGGAAGCAUCAACUGCUGGUGUUAAUCUGAAGUUAUCCUCUUCAGUGGACACGAAUGACAAUUCUUCCAUUAGAAGUUCUUCUGAUGACUAUGUUUCUGGAGUUGAAGUUCCUUCUUUUUCUUCUAAUAGAAUCUCCAAUUUUGAUCAGAUCAAGGGUGCAUCUUCUGGCGGAGUUAUCUUGCUUCCUGAUGCAGAAAUACAGACAUCAGGUGCAAAGGCUGCUGCAUGCGGUCGCUUAUCAUCACUGUCUGAAAGUUCUGAUAAAGUUUACAGUGAUCAGGGAGUUCCUGCUUCGUUUCGAGUUCCUUCUGGGGCAGUUUUACCAUUUGGAUCGAUGGAAUUGGAGCUAGAGAGGAGUAACUCCACCGAAGAAUUCAGGUCUAUCCUGGAAAAGAUAGAAACAGCAAAACUAGAGGGUGGUGAACUUGAUGAUCUGUGCCAUCAACUCCAGGAAUUAAUUUCUUCCCUCAAGCUACCGAAAGACAUCAUUGAAAGCAUUGGGAAAAUAUUCCCAAGCAAUGCACAUUUAAUUGUUCGAUCCAGUGCCAACGUUGAGGACUUAGCUGGAAUGUCAGCAGCUGGACUUUAUGAAUCAAUACCCAAUGUUAGUCCUUCCAAUCCAACAGUUUUUGCAAAUGCCGUUAGCAAAGUAUGGGCUUCACUGUACACUCGGAGAGCAGUGUUGAGCAGGCGUGCUGCUGGUGUUCCUCAGAUGGAAGCUUCAAUGGCAGUUCUGAUCCAAGAAAUGCUUUCACCAGAUAUAUCAUUUGUACUACAUACUGUGAGCCCAACAAAGCAGGAUAAUAAUUUGGUGGAGGCUGAGAUUGCUUCUGGCCUUGGUGAAACUCUGGCUUCUGGAACAAGGGGUACACCAUGGCGUUUAUCAUCGGGUAAAUUUGACGGGCAAGUGCAAACCCUAGCUUUUGCUAACUUGAGUGAGGAAUUGCUGGUACGAGGUGCAGGGCCUGCAGAUGGGGAGGUUAUCCGUUUGACCGUUGAUUACAGCAAGAAACCACUGACAGUUGACUCGGAUUUCCGUAGACAACUUGGUCAACGCCUUUGUGCAGUUGGGUUUUUCCUGGAGAGAAAGUUCGGUUGCCCACAGGAUGUGGAAGGAUGUCUUGUUGGAAAAGACAUAUUUAUCGUACAGACAAGGCCCCAACCCCUGUAGUGGACUGCACAUUCAAUUCGAUACAAUAUAGAAAGCAUAUACAUAUUUGUUUAUGGCACCACACUGAAAUAUGUAGAUUUAUUUCCUCAAAGACAUUUUUCUUACUUCAUACUAGCUCAAAACUCACCUCCCCACCAAAAAUCUUACUUUAAAGGGCCUAGCUUUCGUAUUCGAUACCUUGUACUCAUUUAAAUUCUCGUUUUCUAAUUUAAUAACAUGCAUUUGAGUGAAAA